UUAUACCAUUAUUUAUUGCCACGUGUUACUGAUGAUGGUGCUUUGUUUUUUAAGUUUUGGCAACGGUCUAUGUAUGAAAAGUCCACUGGUGAUUUCAGCACUUGACCACCUUCAUUCGGUUUCACUAAAUCUUAUUUUGCCACUAAUAGCUCAAUUUUACUGCUGGUAUUUAUGAUUUAUAACACAACAUGUGUGAGCUUGUGCUUAUACAGUAACGACGAAAGAAAAACCACAUGCAAUAUCACAGAAAUGAAAAAGUAUUAAUAAACCGAAUAUCUGGUGUCCAAGGUUAUUUUGGGAACAUAACGGAAACACAUUCCCCUUUCAUGACACUCUCUCCGUGAUUUCCAUGCAAACAGAUGAAAGAUAAGUAGAGAGAGAUAGAAACAAAAGGAUUAGAGAAGGUUGCUCAAACAUGUCGAGGUAGAGAUGAAUAAACUGUCAGCUUACAUUUGUGUAUAAUUUGUGUGUCUGCCAAGCCAUCGUCUCUCCUCCCCCUUCUGUUCUUCUCGUCUCGUCUCGUCUCUGCUCUUUCUCCGUUCUCAUGUUGGCAGGUUCCCGUAAGUCCUGGUAAUGGGGAAAGACCUGAUGAGUUUGUAUAUCUUCACGCUCAUCUGCCGGAGGAAGGGAACUCCUGAUCUCACACACGCAAGUCAGAACUCCACAUCUGAGGUUUCUGAAGAAACCAAUGAAAGAGGCUGAGCGGAGGAAACAUCAAAAGAAAGACAGACAGGCUGAUAUGGAGGAGAACGAGAAAGCUGUUGGUUUGGAAAGGCAAGUGUUGUAAGAACGCAUGUGUUUUUCAGUUUGACGUCACCCAGCGCUCGACACAGCCAUGCGCAACUCAACGCUGUUGACCAUCCUGGCGGCUGUGCUGCUGUAUUUGGUGCUGGGAGCUCUGGUGUUCGGCUGGCUGGAGUCCUCCAGGGAGGAAUGGGCCCACCGGGAGCUGCUGACCUCCAGAAUGGCUUUUCUACAGAACCACAGCUGUGUCAAUCCAUACAUUUUGACAGAGUUCACCGAGAAAGUGGUAGAUGCCAUUGAGGCGGGCGUUGAUGUCAAAAGCACAUCAAACUUCAGCAGCAGAUGGGUGUUUUCCAAUGCGUUCUUCUUCUGUGGUACCAUCAUCACAACUAUUGGCUUUGGAAACAUCUCGCCCAAGACUGAAGGUGGUCAGUUGUUCUGUAUAUUUUAUGCUCUGGUGGGGAUCCCCAUGUUUGGCAUUCUGUUAGCAGGGGUUGGAGAUCAUUUGGGCACCCUGCUGCGGAAAGCCGUGGCAAAGAUUGAGACUUUAUUUCUGCGCAAGGGUGUGAAGCCCACCAGCGUCCGCGUAAUCUCCGCUGUCUUCUCCAUCCUGAUUGGCUGUUUAAUCUUCAUCGCCGUGCCGACCAUGGUGUUUCAGGAAGUGGAGAGCUGGAGUCUGUUGGAAGCAGGAUAUUUUGUGGUCAUCACUCUGACAACGGUGGGCUUCGGGGACUACGUGACAGAGAACAGACGAGAUGGCACGCCCCUGUAUAAACCAUUGGUGUGGUUGUGGAUAGUGUUUGGUAUGGCCUAUUUUGCAUCCAUCCUCACUAUGAUUGGAAACUGGUUACGGGUUUUGUCUAAGAAGACUCGUGCGGAGAUGGAGGAGCUGAGAGCUCAUGCCACAGACUGGACUCAGAAUAUUCAGAACAUGUCCAUGGACUUCCGCAUUCCUGUCCCACUCGAUCUCAACGACCCCUUUCAGCUCCAGCGCAGACGCAGACGGAAGCGCCGUCGCCAUCACCGCCACCCGAGGGCGAACGUGACGGGAUCGGCCCACGGGAUCUCUCUAGAUGCCGCCGCCGCUAUCCGAGAAAACGGGCACCUGCUGGUUGUCUGGCCUGAAUCUGUGUAUACCCCAGCAUGUGAAGCGAUGUCCCAGUCCAGAUCAUGCUCGAGAUUAGACGCAAGAUAUGAAACGAGACCAGGAUCCAGGCUGACGGAGGGAGCCGGUUCGAGAUCCAUCUCACGGUUAGAACCGAAAACGCCACCCGGAUCCAGAGGCCUUUCCGGGUCUCCUUCGGAAUCCGGAUCAGAAUCGGCAUCAGGAUCCAUCUCUGGGUCCGAGACGCCGUCGGGAUCCUGGUCGGAAUCCUACUCGAACUCCCGGAACUCGGACGAGCUGGAAUCUGGAGAAGAGUGCUCUCAGAGGUCACCGGGUAGUGUGCAGGACGUCUCUGUUCUUAUGGUGUCCUCCCGUUCACCGCCUCAACCCUCCCUGCUGGACUUCUUCGGUGAGAACUUGGCGUACAUCGAUGAGUCGUCAGACACUCUUAGCGACCGGGGGAAACCAGCCGGACCGAAUCGCCCUCGUAAGCCCAAGAGGAAGAGCAUGAGGAGACAAAUUCCCCAUUCGCAUCCCAUUGGACUACUAAGAGAUCUCAGUUGUGAAAUACAGCCGUUGUCGCACUCUCCGACCCCUCCACCUCAAACCUCACCCAACACAUGAGAAAAAACACUUAUGACCAAGACAUUAUUAUGCGGUGUUAUAAAAUGCAUUCUGUUGCAACGCAAACGUCACGGGUUCGAAUCCCAGGGAAAACGCACACCGAUCAAAUGCUUGCCUAGAAUGCACUUUGAUAAAAUGGCUAAAAAUAUCAAAUUGACUAGCAGGUUUUUGGACAACUAGUCGACCCACAUGGCAUAUCCCUUCACCAAGUGUUCUCGUUCAACCGCACUCCUUCAACCGGCUGUUUUAUUUGCUGGAGACAAGUCAAAUAUCCAAGUUGUCGUCUCAUAAGUUGUUCAUCACAGUUAAAAGAUGCCAGACAGUCCAGACACAUGAAUGAGCUGUUGGCUCACGGGUCAUGUCCCGAUUCCACACGUCUCUUACCCUCAUGUUCCUGUCUGCCUCCACUGUCCUAUGGAUAAAGUAAAAAAAAAGAUGGCAAACAUCUUAGAUAUGUGUGUAAAUAUAGCAUCAAUGAAAUACAGAGAGUUAAGGAGAUUUCUAGAUUUAGUCUAGAAAUGUGGGUCACUGUGUUUUUUUUAUACAGUAGAUAUUUAGGCAAACUCAAGUUCACUGUAUGUGGUAUCAAGUCUUGAACCAGUGUAUUGUGCCUUUAACUCACAGAUGUUAAGUUAUUUUGUGAAGUGAUUUUUUAUAGUGCCUUGCAUUUAUAUCCCCCCUUUAUGCCUGCAUUAUUUAGUGUUUGUUGAGUAAAGGAAGUGCUAUACGUAUUCAAACAUCAGUUCUUUAUUAAUCCUUGCAUUUCAAACAGAGACAGUUGCUGCGUCCCAAUUCGCCUACUUAGUCACUAAAAGUAUUUACUGUUUUUGUUAUGGAAAAGUAUAUACACUUUAGUGCGUAUAGCUAAACUGUAUGCAUGCACUGGGACAUACUAACAGGAUACGGAAGUGGCCGUUGUUGCCUAGACGACACUGUGAUCGUUAAGUGUCAAGAAUCUAUUAUAUCAAUAUAUCUAUUCUUUGCAUUGAAGUAUUUAUUCAUUCAUUAUUUCAUAUGAAAUGUUUACUGUAUACUUACAUUUAUUGAUUCAGCGAAGCAUCUUUAACUUUAUGAAUGCAGUGGAGUGUCACUGAUCUCCGCCCUCACGCAGUAAGUUCACACUUCAAAUUUUCACGGAAACCGAGAAUACUCAUGUUAGCAUACUAUGAUUUGGGACGUACUAAUUCUAUUUUCGAAUACUAUUUAGGAUGGAUGCGAAUUGGGACGCAGCAAGUGUGAAAAGUGAGCGGCACUUCUGUCACAAUAAAGUCAGGUGGAGUUUGAGGAUCCAAUGGAGUUUCGAUUUCUUUGUAAUACAUUUCAUUGGUUAAAUAUUUGUAUUAUAUUCAGGCCCUGGCUCGACUGGGGGGGGCAAUCAUAUGUUCUGGUUGGGCAGAUAUAGUCAUAGUUCAUUGCAUGCAUUUCUUUCCCACAGAUUCAAUUGACGGAUAAUUAUUUAAUAGAUCAUACAAAUAAGUAUUUAAUAAUAGGUAUUUAAUUUGUUAUUAUCUUUAUUGUCAGCUGGAUAUUUUUGGUGGGCCCAAGAAAAAUCUGGAGGCCCCCCUAGCCCCCCCAGACCUAGCCUAUGGUACUCGCCUUCAUGUGUAUGAAUUUCAUUAGACACAAAAUAAUAUAAAAACAUUUCCCUCUACUGCAUAUCUAAAUUCCACAGAUAUUCUUAUGUGAAGACGUCUGUGUGAUGCUGAACAACAUCAAUUCUCGUU